AUGAAUCAAAGUCCAGGGACACCCAUCAAUGCAGCUGAUCAACUCAAGAUGGUCGAAUAUACCAUCCAGCCAUUGCAAUCAAAAGGCCUAGGAAACAAUAGCAUGGCUGUGAGGCCCAAUGCUUCAAGCAUUUUAUUUACCACUUUGGUUUCAUUUGUGCUGCGAUUGUGCGCCAUACUUUGUCUCAAUUUCCUGAUCAUUGAUUUUAGCAAUUUGCACCCCGAAAUUGGACUAUUGGGAUAUUUUACCUUUUUAUUGGUGGCAUUAUUAAUUGUCUGCAAAAUCAACUUUGAGGGGCUAUUUGAGAAAAGGGCUGUAUCGAUCUUUGGGCCUUCAACCCUGUGCGUUUCGCUGUAUUCGUGUAGCCAAUUGAAUCAUCUUUUUGCAAAAGCAUUGGAGGAAAUAUUUGGCCGAUGGUCGAACAUUCAUAUACCCAACCACAUCGAUAAAAAUGCGCUAUCCAAAAACAUUUCCAUUCUGUACGAAUUUACACAUGCCAUGACUUCGCACUUGGAGGGCACUUAUUUUUUCGUCCACAGAGCUCCAAUCACACACGAAGACGAGAAAUUUCUGCUGAUGGUUGCCUAUAAUAGCUAUAUUGACACUAUUUUUGAGGAAUUUCUUCACGGCCCCGUAUAUUGGCACGUUUUUUGCUACUUUGACCCCCAAAGCUCAUUUGUUGCAGCGUGCAAGGCAAACUUUGACAACGUUAUUUCUGCCACCAACACUUCGAAAUAUCAAAAGCAAUCUGCUUUGAAGACACCCGUUGCAGAUGCCAGGAUUUUGGGGUUUCUGCACAAGAAUGUUGAACUACUUAUCCCUUACUAUGCGCAUGGAUACUACCAUGCCAUUUGCAUCCAUGAUGAUCUUAAUCUUGUUCAUGCCAGGUCGAUGGAAAUCCUCAGAUUGGCUUCAAACACAAAAUCGACCAAACCGCAAAUUGAGGCAUGCUUCGGAAUAGCGAAUUUAUGCAAGCCGUUGCAAGACUGA